CACUUCCUUCUCUCUCUCUCUCUCUCAUAUCCUAAACCACCUUCUUUUUCAGAUUCAUGCUCUGGAUCUGAAGCAUGUGCUCCUCAGAAGAAACCCAAGACUCCGACACAAAGCCUCUCACCUCCGGUGACUACUCCUCCUCAGACCAAUCUCCAACCACCAACCCAGAUCACAAAAACCCCUCAAAACCCAACCCAUUAAUCUCACUCAUCCUCGAGCCAUUCCAAUGGCUCCAAAUGCUCUCAAACCAGCUCAGCCCGAGCUUCGUGGUCGGUGUAGUCCUCGUCUAUGGCGUCAGCCAAGGCUUCUCCGGUUCCUUCUUCCGAGUGGCCACCGACUACUACUGGAAAGAUGUACAAAAAGUGCAACCAUCCUCAGUGCAACUCUACAUAGGUCUCUACUACAUUCCAUGGAUAAUGAAGCCAAUUUGGGGUCUGUUGACCGAUGUUUUUCCGGUGAGAGGGUACCAGAGGAGGCCUUACUUCGUGCUGGCCGGAGUUCUGGGGACGGUGUCGGCGUUGGUGGUGGCUCUGGGUGGUAAGUUGGAGGUUGCAGUGGCGUUGGUGUGUUUGAUUGGGAUUACUGGUGGGGUGGCAAUUGCUGAUGUUACUAUUGAUGCUUGUAUUGCAAGAAAUAGUAUUGAGAUUAAGUCUUUGGCUCCAGAUAUGCAGAGUCUUUGUGGGUUUUGCUCUUCUGUUGGUGCUCUUGUUGGUUACUCUACUAGUGGUUUGUUUGUUCAUCAUCUUGGAGCUCAGGGAGCGCUAGUGCUUCUGGCGAUACCACCAGCAGCUGUGAUAGGGCUGGGUUUUGUAAUACACGAAGACAGAACAAUUGAUGUUCCCGCUUCUGACAAGAAAAAUAAGUCACUGGAGAAGUUGGGGGGAGCAAUGAAGGGCAUGUACAAAACCAUAAAAUUCCCUCAAGUGUGGAAACCAUCACUAUACAUGUACAUGUCUUUAGCACUCAGUAUAAGUACUCAUGAAGGCCAAUUUUAUUGGUAUACUAACCCUAAAGCUGGUCCUGCGUUCACCCAGGAAUUUAUUGGGAUAAUAUAUGCAAUUGGUGCUUUGGCUUCAAUAGUUGGAGUGCUAAUCUAUCACAAAAUCCUAAAAGACUUUCCAUUUAGAAACUUAAUCUUUUUUGCCCAACUCCUCUACGGCUUGUCAGGAAUGCUAGACCUGAUCUUCAUUUUUCGGUGGAAUUUGUAUCUAGGAAUCCCAGAUUACUUGUUUGUUGUGAUGGAGGAAUGCGUUUCUCGGAUUAUAACAAGGAUCAGGUGGAUGCCCAUGAUCGUUUUGAGCACAAGGCUUUGUCCUCUAGGCAUUGAGGGAACGUUCUUUGCACUAUUAAUGUGCAUAGACAGUUUUGGUUCACUUUCUUCUAAGUGGGGUGGAGGGAUGAUUCUUCACCUAUUUCAUGUCACAAGAACUGAUUUCAGAAACUUAUGGUUGGUGGUGUUCAUAAGAAACAUUUUGAGACUUGCAACAUUAGCUUUUAUAUUUCUUAUUCCUAAAGUUGAUCGAUCAGAAACUCUAAUCCCCUCUGAUAUUUUGAUGAAGGCAACAACAAUAGUGAGUGUUGAUGAUGUUGACAUACAACUUGUACCCGUGCAUGAGAACAGUGAAGUCUAAUUGCUUUAUUAGUACAAAGCUGAGGAAUCCAACAAAAUUUUAUU